AUGCAAGCUCGGCUACCAGAACGAUUCCGUCUUCCGCAGAUUAGGCCCUUCACCGGCAAGACCGAUCCUACCGAGCACAUCGAAUCCUUUCGGACAUAUAUGGAGCUGCACGAUGCCUUGGAUGUUGUAACGUGCUUAGCUUUCUCCCUCACUUUAGCCAACAUACCUCGACUUUGGUUCAAACAGUUGAAACCAAAGUCCAUUAGCUCAUUCGCAAAGCUCAGCAAUGCCUUCCUCACCAAUUUCAUUGGUGGGAAGAAAAAUUUGAAGCCAUUUACACACUUGAACAACAUAGUUCAAAAAGAGGGAGAGCUGCUAAAAGAUUAUAUCAAACGCUUCAACUUCGAGUCGCUCCAAGUCCGGAAAUAUCCAGACGAAACAACACCCAACUCGAUCAUGCGAGGCAUCAGAGAUAAACCGUUCCUGACAUCUCUGGACAAAAACGCAACGACUACUUUGGCGAAGUUCAUGGCUCAAUCGGAUAAAUACGCGGAUGUCGAAGAAAUCCGGAUAAUGCGCGAAGUCGCCCAAAACGCAAAAGUCCCGGCCAAAGAGUCAGUAAAGAAAGAAGUUGACUCAGUCAGUGGAAAGAAUCAUAAAGAUAAUCAGACACGUGAUGAGCAUAAGUCGAAUAAACGGCUAGACCGCAAGUUUUCAACGUAUACCCCGCUCAAUAAGCCGCAAGAACAAGUUUUGAUGGAAAUUAAGGGCGAAGGAUUCGUCAACUGGCCAGAUUGGCUCCAAAGCAACCCAAACCAACGGAGCAAAAAUAAGUACUGCUAUUACCAUCGCGAUCAUGGGCAUAAUACGAGUCACUGCUACCACUUGAAAGAAGAAAUCGAGCGACUCAUUCGAGAAGGCCGUCUUAGAGAGCACGUCAAAAGAACCGGGACAAUGGAAGAAUGUUUGGGUGAAAACCGACCCACGGAGGAAAUCCGAACCAUCGUCGGUGGUCCCCGAGGCGGAGGCGACUCAAAUAAUGCUCGAAAAAAUCAUGCCAAGAGCAUCAGUCGACCCGAGUCCGAAAUCCUGAUACUAACUCGUCCUUCGAAAGAAAAGAAAAGGGAGAAAUACUGCAUUUCGUUCACUGAUGAAGACGCUCGAGGCAUCCAUCAUCUGCAUGAUGACACACUAGUCGUCACCCUCAUGAUCGUGAACUGCAGGGUAUUCUGCAUUCUCAUUGAGAUAGGGUCAUCCGCAGACGUACUGUUCACUCAAGCGUUCGACAAAAUGGGAGUUGAACGAUUAGCGUUGCGGCCGGUUCACACCCCAUUAAUCGGAUUCUCUGGUGGACGAAACUCCCCGAAUGAGUCAUCUCAUUGCCACUUACUGCUGUUAAGUGUCCGCACCAGGCGACAGUAA